AUGGACCGAGUGAUCGACGGUGCGAAGAUGGUGCUAGGCACCCUGUUCUUCAUUGUUCUCAACUUUUUCAAAAAUAUCCUCCCCAACGGUGUCCUCCCCCGAAAGCUUGUCCAAGGAAAGAAGGUGCUCAUCACUGGCUCAGGCUCUGGUAUCGGUAGGCUAAUGGCUAUUGAAUUCGCGAAGCUCGGCGCUGAGGUUAUUAUUUGGGAUGUGAAUAAAGAUGGAGCGGAGGAGACGAGGAAGCAAGUGGAGGCCGUUGGCGGGAAUGCUAGCGUAUUUAUAGUUGACUUGUCCAAAUAUCAAGAUAUUCAUCGGGUGGCUGAUGAGACGAAGAAAGCUGUGGGAGAUGUGGAUAUACUGAUUAAUAAUGCGGGGAUUGUUACAGGAAAGAAACUCUUCGACUGCCCGGACGAGUUGAUGGAGAAAACGAUGGCUGUCAACACCAACGCUAUUUUCUAUACCGCCAAAAACUUCCUUCCCUCAAUGCUUCGCAAAGACCACGGUCACCUCGUCACAGUGGCCUCCAUGGCUGGAAAAACCGGAUGCGUCGGACUCGUAGAUUACUGUGCCUCAAAGCACGGAGCCAUCGGAGCCCACGACUCAAUUGCAAUGGAGAUCUUGGCACAAAAGAAGUAUGGAGUCAAAACAACCCUUGUCUGCCCGUUUUUCAUUAAUACCGGAAUGUUCGAUGGUGUUACGACCAAAUGCCCAGCUCUCUUCCCUAUCCUUGAAGCCGACUACGCUGUGGAGUGUAUCAUGGAGGCUAUUCUGACGGACCGCCCAUUAUUGUGCAUGCCAAAAGCGUCCUAUUCAAUUAUUGCUCUCAUCGGACUCUUGCCAAUCGAAGCUCAAGUUUUGAUGGCUGACUUCUUUGGAACAAACGAGUCGAUGAAUGAUUUCAAGGGACGUCCGAAGAGGGAUUAG